GUUGGUGGCUGAUUAGGCGCACAAAACUGGCCAAAACUGCACGAAAAUGCCUGCGAGACGCUGCCCGCGCACGCUGGCGCUCCUCCUUGCUGCGGCCGCGCCGGCCGCGGUGAGCAGCGAGGCCGCGCACGAGUGGGCUGGUCCACAGCCUGCGUCCAAAGGAAACAAACCAACGCGCGCGCGUCCCCGGCCUCACCGCAGCCGCGACGCAGGCAUCUUUAAAUUUAAUGCCGGCGAGACCUACACCUGGCGGGCGCAGAAGGUGCGCGCCGGCGUCCCCCCGCGCCGGGCUCGCUCAGCUCGACCCCCCCGCAGGCCGCCGGCUACGAGUGGGCGGGCGUUUUCGACCUGACGCCCGGCCACAAGUACGCGUGGAUCGCGCAGAAGACGGACGGUAAAUACGUGGACGACUCGAUGGAGCUCUUCAUCAAGGAGGUGACCGCGAACACCGAGGAGGCCGUCAAGGCCAACGACGACGCCCACUACGAGAACCUGAAGGACUACGCCGACCCGGCGAUGAAGAUCGUCGUGAUGGCGGUGACGCCGGCGAGCGAGUCCGAGGACCACCUCGGGAAGGCGCUCGAGGGCGCCGAGGCGGCCGCCACGACCGCGCUCGAGGCGGCGUCGUGCGCGACGGUGGCCGCCGGCGGGUCCGUGGCAACCGACGGCACGUGCAAGCAGCUGACCUUCGACGCCGCCGCGGUGGAGACGACGUUCACGAUGGCCGCGGACGGCUACGUCGCCAUCUUCGCGGAGCACGUGCCCAUCGAAUUCGAACACAACAAACACUACCUCCAGGACUCCAACGACGUUGAUGUGGAGCCGCUCUUCGAGGAGGGCGGCGGCGGCGGCCACUCCCACGGGCACCGCCGCCUCAGCGCCAACAACACCUGCGUGGACGUCCACUCGAGCGAGCCCAUCGCGUUCGGUACGUGCAACAAGCUCAUCUUCGACACGAACCUCUACACCUCGACCUACCUCCUGGAAGUGCCCACCGGCGGCUCGGGCAAGUACGGCUUCUACGCGCAGCACUUCCCCAUCGAGUUCGAGCUCGACAGCCACUACCUGAAGGACGACCACGGCGACGACGUCGAGCCGGUCCUCGAGGUCCCCGCCGGGCCGCCGGAGACGGAGCUGUCCUUCGACGAGGGCUACGCGUGGCGCCACUCGAUGCUCGCGACGUUCAUCGUGCUGCUGUGCACCUUCGCCGGCGCGCUGUCGCGGCUCGCGCUCAAGGACGCGAUCGUGCGCGCGCGCGCGAUCAUCCCCUUCGCGAGCGCCAUGGGCACGGGCGCGCUCUUCGGCUGCGCGGUUUUUCUGAUGAUGAUCGAGGGCAGCCACCUCGUGGGCGCGCGCUGGCCCGGCGAGGUCGACGUCGUCUGGCGCUGGGGCACGGCGGUGCUCGGCGGCUACCUGCUCGGGCUGCUGACCGAGCUCGCGUUCCCGCGCGAGGUCAAGGGCCUGGGCAGCGCGCUCAAGGCCGCCGAGGCGACGCCGGCCGACGCGAAGGACGUCGGGGUGGACGAGGCGGCCGUCGCCGAGGCGGAGGAGGCGGCGCCGGACUACGCGUUCUGCUUCAACAUCUUCUUCGGCGACUUCCUGAGUGGAAAUCAACCAGUGCGUCGGGUUCACUAAGUCAUUUCUCGGCGAUGACGCGGCCGUCUUGGCUCGGUCGAGCGGCGAGGAACCGGCAUCGCCACGCCAUCGAGCAGGCGUCGCAUCGAUGGCGUGGAGGUCGACGCGAAGAUUCAGCACGAACGCGCCGUAAAAUUUUGAUUUCCACACAGGCGACUUCUGGCACAACUUCGUCGACGGCAUCUUCAUCGCCCACUCGUUCCUGCGGUGCGAGAGCGGCCAGGGCUGGGUCGUGACGGCGGGUACAAUUUAUCACGAGCUCGUCCAGGAGUUCGGCGACUUCUUCCUGCUCGUCGGGCCCGGCGGCCUCACGGUGCCCCAGGCCUGCGCCGUGAAUUUUGUGUCCGGCGUGUCGGUCAUGAUCGGCGCCAUGUGGUACCUCUGGCUCGAGCCCGGCAUGGGCACGCAGGGCAUCCUGCUCGCCUUCUCCGCGGGCGUCUACACGUACGUCGCGUGCACCGAGGCCGCGGGCGAGAUUCUCCACGAGGUCGGCCGGCUCUCGCCCGCGAAGCGGAUGGGGCUCGUCGCCUGCUUCGCCCUCGGCGCGAUCGGCAUCGGCCUCAUCCUCCUGGACCACGAGCACUGCGGCGUCAAGGUCGCCGACGGCGAGGCCGACCCGCACGCCGGCCACAACCACUAAGUCCCCCUCUCCGAGGCGGCGCCGCGACCGACGCUGACCCCCCUCCCCCUAAGUCUCAUGCCAGCCAA